AAAAGAAGCUCAUUAUCGUCUGAUGUAGUUUGUUUUGUUACUGGUCACAUGCAAGAGAUGUUCAUCAUGAGAGAGCAGGUGGAUGUGAUUCAUGCUGGAGAACAGCAGAUGCUGCAGACACCAGUGAAGAUUGAAGUGAAGCAGGAGAUAAAAGAAGAAAACACAACAGAGGAACAACAGAGCGAUGAAGAACGGCAGAUGCUACAGAUACCAGUGAAGAUUGAAGUAAAGCAGGUGGAGAUAAAAGAAGAAAAUACAACAGAGGAACAACAGAGCGAUGAAGAUGAUGAAGAACGGCAGAUGCUGCAGACACCAGUGAAGAUAGAAGUGAAGCAGGUGGAGAUAAAAGAAGAAAAUACAACAGAGGAACAACAGAGUGAUGAAGAUGAUGGUGAACAGCAGAUGCUGCAGACACCAGUGAAGAUGUGUUCAGUGAAGCUGCUGGACUGCAGGAACCUGAUGAAGAUGAGAGGAGAAACCACAGCAGAGGAACAACAGAGUGAUGAAGAUGAUGUUGAUUUUAUUCCUGCAGAGCUGAUGGAAUUAAGAGAAGAAUGUGAAGAGCUGCAGGAAUUAGAGGAGGAACAACAUGGUUUCAUAACUGGAGAAAAAUCUUUAAGUGGCUCAAAGACAGAAGACAAUUUCUCACAUAAAAAUCCUCGAACAGCCAAGAAAUCUUUCACCUGCUCUCAGUGUGGAACAUGUUUCACAAGUAAAAGCAAACUUAGUAAACACAUGAGAGUUCAUACUGGAGAGAAACCUUACACGUGCCAUCAGUGUGGAAAAAGAUUUGCGUAUGCAACCAGUCUCAAGAAUCAUCUCUUUUGUCACUCUGAAGAAAAGCCAUUUGAAUGUGAUAAGUGUGGUAAAACAUUCGCUCUGACACAGUACCUAAAACGACAUCUGAAAACUCACACAAAUGAGAAGCCUUACAAGUGUUCAUUUUGUGGAAAGAGAUUUUCACAGCUGUCUUAUUUUAAAGAGCACCAGAAAAUACAUACCAGUGUGGCGGCUCAUAUGUGCUUUAAAUGUGGGAAGUUCUUUAUUACAGCCGGCAGCUUGAAACAACACCAAAUAAUUCAUACUGGAGAGAAACCUUACAAGUGCUCACACUGUGGAAAGAGUUUCACUUGCUCAGAAUACCUGAAAUCACACAAGAGAAUUCAUACUGGAGAGAAACCAUACAAGUGCUCACACUGUGGAAAGACUUUCACUCAGUUAGCACACCUGAAAACACAUGAGAGAAUUCAUACUGGAGAGAAACCUUACAAGUGCUCACACUGUGAAAAGAGUUUCAGUGUGUCACAAAACCUGAAAAAACACGAGAGAAUCCAUACUGGAGAGAAACCAUACAAGUGCUCACACUGUGAAAACAGUUUCUCUCAGUCAGAACACUUGAAAUCACAUGAGAGAAUUCAUACAGGAGAGAAACCUUACAAGUGCUCACACUAUGGAAAGAGUUUCACUCGGCCACAAAACCUGAAAUCACACGAUAGAAUUCAUACAGGAGAGAAACCAUACAAGUGCUCACACUGUGGAAAGAGUUUUACUUGUUCACAAAACCUGAAAAAACACGAGCGAAUUCAUACUGGAGAGAAACCAUACAAGUGCUCACACUGUGGAAAGAGUUUCACUCAGUCAGAUACCCUGAAAACACACAAGAGAAUUCAUACCGGAGAGAAACCAUACAAGUGCUCACACUGUGGAAAGAGUUUUACUUGUUCACAAAACCUGAAAAAACACGAGCGAAUUCAUACUGGAGAGAAACCUUACAAGUGCUCACACUGUGGAAAGAGUUUUACUUGUUCACAAAACCUGAAAAAACAUGAGAGAAUUCAUACUGGAGAGAAACCUUACAAGUGCUCACACUGUGGAAAGAGUUUUACUUGUUCACAAAAACUGAAAUCACAUGAGAGAAUUCAUACGGGAGAGAAACCUUACAAGUGCUCACACUGUGGAAAGAGUUUUACUUGUUCACAAAACCUGAAAAAACACGAGAGAAUUCAUACUGGAGAGAAACCUUACAAGUGCUCACACUGUGGAAAGAGUUUCUCUCAUUCAUUAAACCUGAAAACACACAAGCGAAUUCAUACUGGAGAGAAACCAUACAAGUGCUCACACUGUGGAAAGAGUUUUACUUGUUCACAAAAACUGAAAUCACAUGAGAGAAUUCAUACGGGAGAGAAACCUUACAAGUGCUCACACUGUGGAAAGAGUUUUACUUGUUCACAAAACCUGAAAAAACACGAGAGAAUUCAUACUGGAGAGAAACCUUACAAGUGCUCACACUGUGGAAAGAGUUUCUCUCAUUCAGUAAACCUGAAAACACACGAGAGAAUUCAUACAGGAGAGAAACCAUACAAGUGCUCACACUGUGAAAAGAGUUUCACUCUGUCAGAACACCUGAAAACACAUGAGAGAAUUCAUACUGGAGAGAAACCUUACCACUCAGGGCCUGAAAUUCAUUUCUGAAAAUGGGGAGGGAAUUCCCCCCUAAAGCCCUCGAUAUACUUCCUUUGAAAUUAAAUAAUGAAUGGGUGGGACAUAAUUUAGAACAAAAUCUGGCCAAAAAGGUGUUUUUGUGUUCGUUACGAUGGUUUGUAACGGCUCACUGGGGUGAAGUUUUAGGAACAACCUUUUAUGUUGUUCAGUGAGUCAAAAUCAGUCGACAUGAACAUGUUGAUGUGCAGAGUUAUUAGCAAGCUGGUGCAAAUGUACCUACAUCUGCACGAUCGCGAAACCGGCUUCGGGGCCGCCACUUUCUCUCUCUCUCUCUGUCGUACUAACCACACACACACAAACAAGACGUACAAGCGAAAGACACGCUGCACACGGGCAGACGCCAUUAACCGGCUUCACUCCGCCCACAUUCACAGCCAUACUCUCUGGCCGGAAAUCUCGCUUGACGUACACUCCAUGAGAGUCACGUCCGCCAUUUUGUCCUCUCACACACACAUAUACACACACACACAUACCGUCCUCUCAUGUGUUAUAGGCUUAUUUUGGUUACUAUAUCUAAUCAUCUCACUGUUUAGUUUGUCGUUGAAUGACGGAAGUUUA